AAGGGUGGGUGGCCGCGUGAAGGUGACGAGCACAGAUCGACCAGCAAAUAGCAGCCGGGUGAGGCCAUCUCCACAGCACAGCACUCUCUCAGGUCAGUCACACGAGCACACACCCAAGGAAUGGCCAGACUGACUGACCGGUGCUGUUGUGUUGUGUGUGUAGGUUUGCUGCCUCUUCGGCGUCUUCGAAGGCGCUUUCAGCGAAGCAUUUUUUGAGAAUGGAUGUCAGCAGCAGCAGUGGAGCUGCGACGACGCUUGCUGUGGCCAAAGAAGUGCUUGAGGUGAGUGAGAGUAAGAAGUGGCUCCCAGACAUCUGAUGAUGACGGAUCAGCUGUCUGACCUGCUGUGUGUGUGUGUGUGUGGCGGGGGUGUUUCCAGGGAUGGAUGGCCCACACGAGUCAGUGCUGCGGCCCGGAGUGCGAUGGGAGCAACUUUUUGUGGCGUCCGGGCAUGGACAUCUUCCAAUCCAAGAGCUUCUACGACCCAAGGCUCAAAGACGCGGGCUCCUUCAUCAUCUCCUUCGUGAAAUUCCAUUGGUCGCACGGCAAGCGGCUCAACGAGAGCGGCAACAUCGUCGUGUUUGUUGGUCACUCCUUGAAGGCCCAGCUCGAAGCGGCCAAGUCACGGCACCCGCACGUGGACUCUGAUGAGGUGCUGGCGGCGGUCAAGCAGCUGCUCAAGCAACAGCCGGGCCAUACCCUCAGCCGCUUCAUGGCCGUUACAGAAAUGGUCGAGCAGACGACUGCACCAACGGACGGCGGCGUGGUGGUGAGGAGGGAGUGUGGGGAUGAAUGAGCUUUGUCACUUGUUGGUUCGUAUAUCUCCUGCCUGUGUUGUUUGUUAUGGCUUUUAGUCAGUCGGGGCGGUACUUUUUCCAAACGAAUUCUUUUCCCGGCUCGGCCUGGACUCCUCAGGAAUGCCCAAUCCGCUGCACGUCCGGCUCAUGUCUGAGUUCAACGGCUUCAAGAGCUCCGUCCUCUUCACAGGCGCCAUGGCCACACGGGCGUACGAGCUGGUCAUCCGUCAGGCCAGCUGCUUCGAGGGAGCGACCAUGCUGGCGGCCUUAUGGGCGGCCAUGCAGGGCGAGAACAAGCAGAAGCGAUCAGUGCACUGGGAGCUGGACCACGACUGGAACGACGAGUUUCGCAUCAAGGAAAUCACCACGGUAGGUACUCGACUCGACUGCUGCACUGCAGACAUGCACCAUGCUGUGUGUGUGGGCCAAUCAAGGUGAUUUCAAUUAUCAUCCACCAUACGUUCAACAUGCUCAAAGAGUGAGUGUGUGAGUGGGGGAGCGACGCGGCACGACUUGCACACCUGUGUGUGGUGCCUGCCUGUUGUGUGUGCAGGGAUCCGCCCGAGGGAGCGUUGGCCAAGCACUACAAGAACGUCAUCCUGGUGUGUGUCCAGGCAGGGAGGGAGGGAGGGAGGGAGGCAGCACACAGCAACCUUGGUGGCCAAGCCCAAUGUAUGCCUGUUUGGCUGCCUGCAGGUGUACAUGAGGCUCAUAGACGUCAUCAACUGGCCCUCCAUGUGGAAGAAAUUGCAGCGAAACAAGAUCAUAUUCGACGGCAGUCCCUUUGCCUCACUCACUCCUGAGAUCAACGCGGUGAGAAAGACGUCGCACAUCACCACGCACUGAAAGCUCGUGUCCGUCUGUAUGAACGCAGAACAAGGCUAAUGGUGAGGCCUUCUGCGUCAAGCACCCUGGCUCCCAUGAGAGCACUUUCCUGCUGCGAUCCUGCGAGGCCGUCAGCCGCCACAAGGACCUUUUCGCCCCUCUGCAGCGCAGCACAGCACCGGCCAUCGAAGAAGCAGGACUCACGAAGACAGUCAUCUACCACAUCAACGACAAACCACCACGGAGCAGCACCACCACCAGCAGCAGCGGCAGCAGCGGCAGGGCGACGGGCAUAUUGCGGUCGAAGGACCUCGCCUUCUCCACGGACCUGUUUGAGACGCACCGGAGAUGUUAUGACCUGCUCAUGAAGCGAGACGGCGCCACGACGGGCGAGCUGGUCAAAGAGGAGCGACGGCUGGAGGGCAAGAGGCUGGCGCAGCUGGAGGCGGACGCACAGCGACACAUGGAUGAGCUGCUGGAGUGGGAGAACACAGGCAAGAAGCCCGGCAAACAGGACACUGCUGGCAAGAGCGAGGCCAAGCCAGCGACCGCCGGCAAGAAGCACAACAAGAAGGGCAGGGAGGGGAACGUCGGGCCGUCAGUGCCCCCGUCAUCGGAUCGACUGACGAGUAGGCAGAUCAGAUGGCGACGGAGGCGACACAAGACGAGCUUUGAUGCAGGCAGCACUGUGCGUUUGAUUUUCUUACGUGAUGAUGCAGGUCUUCUGACGGGAGUGCUGGGGCAUGUGCUGCUGCUGCCGCUGCUGCUGCUGGCCAGCCUGGGGAGUCUUCUACGGCGCCACAUGACAUACUCCCAGCCCCCGCGGAGAUCGAUGAACCGUAAGCCCCACACAGGAGACAGAUGCAUCGCGUCGGAACAUAUCGCUUUCUGUCUGUCUGUCUGUCUGUCUGUCGUGUGUGCGUGUUGGUGUUCCAGCAUCGCAGAGGCGCCCCCUGCCUGACCUGCCAGUGCCGCAGCGACUCCCGCGUCGACCAGGUGGGCAUUCGAUCCGCCGCUCGCCAUGUACAUAUCUCUGUCUGUCUGAAUAUCUAUCUCUCUGUCUGUCUGUACGCACAGCUGUGACGUGCCGUCGAGCGACUCUGCGUCAGCGGCAGAGGAUAUCCUCCCCAGCGUCUCAGAUGCGCUUCGCAUCGAGACGGAGAAGAGACAGCGGCUGGAGGCCCGGCUGGAGACGACACAAGCCAAGUGAGACACACUGACCGAUGACCCCCUCCAUGUUUUCUGUCACCUGUGUGUGCUUGGCUCUCUCCAUGCUUACAAAGGCUCGGGAAACUGGAGGACCAGCACGCUCGGCACAUGCAGAGGUCGACCGAGCACAUGUCACUCAAGGACCAAAUCAUCAAGGACCAACAGUGAGUGGGGCAGACUUCUACAAAAGAGGCGGGGGUCCUUGAUGGUAUGGUGUGGGUGUGGUGUGGUCAGUGAUCGGCUGGGUGCGCUGACGGCCCAGCUGUCGGCCCUGCGGGAGGAAAAGGCGGCGAGAGAGAGGGAGGUGUCGCGAGCACUCGCCGACAAGGAGGCCGAGAUCACACGGUGACCAUCGCCACGCACAGAUGGCGUGUGCCGCUCGACACGCACGUCUUUUCUCCGGUCAUUGACAGGCUGCGGGGAGUUUCAAUCGCGACACAUCCCAGCCAGGGCAGCGAUCAGACAGCCAAGUAGGCACAGAAGAACAUCACACGACUGCAGCCCCUUCAAAUGAGUGCAUUGUCUCUCCCUUUCUCGUGUCAGGUUGUCCAGCAGGCUGGCGGGCCUUUCGAGUGUUCCUGAUCUGUUGUCCUUUUCGCGUGACGUAUUGGCGAGGCAGAUGGCCCUGUGUCGUGAGCAGCAGGAGCUGUUGAAGCUCGUGGAUAGUGCACAAGGCUCGAUAGACCGCCUGACACGCACACAGGGCCAGGCCGACCGCAAUGCUGCUUGAGAAGGAUGGAAUGGCCGGAUAUCACAGGCACGUGGUAUUCGAUGUGUUUUUUCUCUGUGUUCUUCGCUCUAUGCUGCUAGAUGGUGCAUGUGUGUGUGUGUAUUUGUAUUUGUUUAUGACUGGCUCGGGC